AUGUUUUGGAGGUUUGGCGGAUACGCCAACAUAUCCACGAUCGAUACUAUUCUCGACAAGAAUGACUUCACACUUGAAGAGCUUCUUGAUGAAGGCGACCUGAUACAGGAACUGAAACAACACAAUGCGAAGCUUAUCGACUACCUCCGGGACGAGCCCGUCCUGGUCAAGCUACUUGAAUACGUUGUCGCCCCCAAACUAGAGCCAGUCGCGACUCCCGAUGUCGACGAUGACGACGAGAAGGAACCCGAAGCCGAGACAGAAAAGGGCAAGGGCCGCGUCCUGCCCUUCUCGAGGCCAAGGGCGUCAUCCAGGGCGUCCGAGCCUGAGAACAAGGAGGAAGAGAUGGAGAAGAAGCGCAAUAGGUAUGCGUACGUUGCGGCCGAGAUUCUUGCGUCGGACAACUGGUCAAUAUGCGAAGCCCUGCUGGCAAACAAGACCAUGCUGCGCAAUUUCUGGGAGUUCCUGCAGCAUCCUAUCCCUCUAGACCCUUUGCAGGCCAGCUACUUCACAAAGGUCAACGAGGCCCUGUUUGACAAAAAGACCGAGGAGAUGAUUGAGCUACUCAAGUCUAUCGACAACGCCGUUCCAGACAUGCUUCGGCACGUUGACUGCCCCAUGAUCAUGGACUUGCUGCUCAAGAUCAUCAGCCUCGAGCGGACUGAGGCUGGCCAGGGAAUAGUCGAGUGGCUUUACACCCAAGAUGUCAUGCCAACACUCCUUUCCUUCCUCGGCCCCGAGCAUAGCUGGGCCACCCAGACCUCGGCAGGCGACUUCAUGAAAGCCAUCAUCACCGUAUCUGCAAACGCCUCGCAAAACGAGCAGACGUGCAUCGGUCCGAACGAGCUUACUAGGCAGUUGGUAUCAAAAGAUUGCGUCGAGAAGCUGAUAUCCUACAUGCUGGGUGGGGGCAACGCCCUGACCGUCGGAGUGGGAAUCGUCAUCGAGGUCAUCCGCAAGAAUAAUUCCGACUAUGAUCCCGAUGUUGGUGCCGAGGCCAGCUCCUCCCCUUCAAGCCGAGACCCCAUCUACCUGGGCACCCUCCUGCGACUAUUUGCCGAGCACGUCCCUGACUUUGCGCAUCUGAUCAUGAACGCUCCGGCACAGAAAGCUCGCCUUGACUCCACCUUCGGUGACAAGAUCGAGCCGCUCGGCUUUGAUCGUUUUAAGACCUGCGAGCUGAUGGCUGAGCUCCUGCACUGCAGUAAUAUGGGCUUGUUGAACGAGGUCGGUUCCGAGGAGCUUAUCGCUGCUAGAGAUAGCGAACGCCAGCGGUUACGUGUUGAGGGCAAGCUUUCAGCUCUGCGUGGCGAGGACGUUCCGUCCUCAGCAGAUGAUCUCACUAUGCGCAUAUCACACUCUUCGCCCGCCGACGAAGGUCGCCGAUUGGAAAUUACCAACAUCUCUGAGGACGACGGCUUUGAGGAGGUCGCGCACAGCAAAGAGAUGACGGAAGACACGUCGCACGAGUUUGUCAAGGCCGAGGAGGAGAUACAAGCUGGCCAGGCAACUUCAUUCCUGGAUAAGGACGAGGACGAUUUCGUCGACGAGCCACUGAGCUCCCCUCGGCUCCAAGUCAGCGGUGCCAAGAUCGAAGAGCCUGAGUUUGAUGAUCCAGAUUUGGUUGUGGCACCGUUGUCCCCUUCAAAGCAGAAGGCGAAUGACUUGAACGAGCUUCCCCCGUCUCCAUCAAAGGACGAAGGCGCCAAGGUCGAAGAUCUGGUGGAAGACAUGCAGAAGUCCUUGUUGGAGGACAAGCCGAAGACUCCAGAGCCACAAGAUGCAGCAGGCUCCGCGGAGGACAGUGGAACUUCUACUCCUGCUGUUGAUACGCCCGCAGCAUCAUCAGUAGCCGAGUCCGAGACCACGAAACCUGAAGCUCAAGAGCCCGAACCAUCCGAAUCUGAGGCUCCCUCUUCCGAGGCACAGACUGAGGAAGCAGACAAGCCCGCGCCUCUCUUCUCCCAGUCGCAAACUGCUCCCGAGGAGAUUCCCGCCAAAGCGGAGGAGCCAAAGGAGGCUGAGCCGUCUGAUGCUGCCAAGCAAGCGGACGAGCCCCAAGCUGCACCACAGGCUGCCGAGUCUGAUCAGCCAGAGCAAGCAGCCGGCGACGCAUCUAUACUUGUUGGCCAUGAGGUGCAGCCCGAGGCCCAAGACCUCAGUAACGUGCAGCCAGUCGUGGGCGAUUAUCUGAAGAUGCAAUUUGUUGAGUAUGGAAUCGUUCCUACGAUCCUGUCAUUCUUCUUCAAAUACCCUUGGAACAACUUCCUUCACAACGUUGUUUAUGAUAUUGUGCAGCAAGUCUUCAACGGACCGAUGGACCGUGGCUUCAAUCCCACGCUCGCAAUUUCUCUGUUCGAAUCUGCGGAUAUCACGAGCCAGAUCAUCAACGGCCAACAUGCCAGUGAGCAGUCCCAGCAACAGAACAAGACCCGCAUGGGCUACAUGGGCCACCUCACACUCAUCGCCGAGGAGGUGGUCAAAUUCACCGAACGCCACCCGCCUGAGCUUCUCAGUGAGACGGUACUGCAGAAGGUCAUGGACCAGGAAUGGAUCAACUAUGUUGAGGGCGCUCUUGCGGAGACCCGCGAGCGUGACAACGCCAUCCUGGGAGGUGUCCGGCCGGAGGUUGCCAUGAGCAAUAGACAAGCUGGUGGUCUUUCAGCGGUCGGUCUAUCCAGUCUCGGCGCCGCGUUCGGCAGCUCACAAGGCGGCAGCUCGAACGCCCUGGCGGACGCGGGUCUUAACGGCGGCCUGAAUGACAUGAGUGACAAUGGUGGCGGCAAUGGGAUAGGACCCUUUGCCAUCUCAUCGGGGACUUUGAUGUCUGGUUUUGGUAGCAGUUCUGAUGAAGACGAGGAUGAAGAGGCUGAGAACGAGGAGGACGUUAACAAUGAGGUUGGUAUUCUUCCCUUUGUCCCUUCCCAACCACGCCCUAGGAGGUCUUCUGGUUUGUCAUCUUUUGCUGGCCGCCCUGUGCCGCGGCUUUUCACCCGUUCUGCGUCUGGUUUCCGUGGGAGCGAGGACUGCAUCGAGGAUUCCGACUCAGACGAUCCUGAGAGGUCAUGCCCGGAUUUGGACGACAACCACGACCACGAUAGCGCCGACGAAGACGAGUUGGAGCCACGCAAGAUGAUCCAGAAGAGAAUCGCUCCUCCUAUCACCGCAGGCCCCCGUAGGGGCAGCUUGGCCGACCCCAUGGACGACUUUGAGGAUGUCUCGUUGGCCGACGACGAAAGUGAUUCCAACUCCUUGGGCCACAUCUCGCCCGAUGAGUGGGAAGAUGUCGAGGACCAGGGUUUGGAGUGCACAGACGACGAACCCGCAGGCCCUGUCCUACAAGUGGAUGAUGGGGCGCCGGAGCAGGAAACAGACGUCGUCGGCCAAGCGGACGAUGAUAGCGAUCCCCUGUUCCGCCUACUCAUCUCAGUCAACUUCCCCUCAGAGGAUGAGAUGCGACCGCGCCGAGCACGACGAGACGAGGAGAUCCACGUGGGCAUGCUCCAACUUGUGAAAGAGCUUUUCGAAGGCAAAUACCCUGACACGUUCUUGGACCGCAUGGCCGACAUACUUUCUUGUCCGCCUGGCAACCCUCCGAGUGAACACGACAUGGGGGUGCAGGCCUGCCUGGUCGAGAUAGGUCGACUGGUCCAGAUGAGCGCACCACCAGACGAGGCCACGAACCCAGACUCCCAGUUGGACAAGCCGGUAGCCGACGAAGAGAAAUGUGGAAUGGAGAAGCAGCUCUAG